UGAACAUAUUUCUGUUUUGGUGUUUUGUUUAUUUGAUUUUAAAAAAUCACAUUACUUUUCUAACCCAGUUUAGGAAUAAUAUAUGAAACUGAGUAUUAAAUGAACAUCUUACUGGAGCUGAAAGUCUUGGGCUUGUUUGUUUUAAUUUUUUUUUCCCUUUUACUUGAGUAAAUAACUUUGAUACACAAAUGUUUGAAGUUUUGAAAUGUUAAGAAAGGCUUUGAAAUACUGCUUUUGGAGAUCACUUUGGAUUUAAAUGCCUUUUUUUUUUUUUUGUCGUUGUUCACUGCUAUUGAGAUUCCUUUUGCUUUUUGAGGGUGGGGGGAGGAGGGAGAGAUAUAGGAAACUGGAAUCCAGCAUUGAAACUUACAGGAGCAGAUUAUUCUAGUUAAGAGCUGGAUUGUUGUGUGAUUAAUUCCACUGUGAAACUUUAUUCUGCCAACGUUCUGCAGCAGUACUGAAACAUACAGCUGUAGUGCUUUUGAAACCGAGGGUUUUUUAAGAAGGGGGAAAAAAAAACUUUUGUCCCCAGGAGAAUAGUUUGACUGGUUUCCUCAUUUCUCUUUCAAAUAUAUAUUUAAGAGAUCUUUUAUUUCAGCAUAACAAUAAUUAUUUGCAGGAGUUUUUGUGUUAGCGACUAAUUUAGAACUUGUAGAUUUGAGCUGCCUGAAUUGGCCAGACAGCUGUAAUCGCACUCCUCUAUUCUUAAUCUCUUUAUCUGGGCAGCAGCUGCCAUAUGGCCACAGUCAGCUGGAUCAGAUGUUUAUAAGCUUCCUUCUUCGUCCCUCUCUGUCCUCUCAGCCUCCUAAUUUGAUCACGGCUACCUUGUGAGCUGCCCUCCAAUCUUUAUUUUUAGCCCUCUCAAGGAUUAGGAUUGAUGUUAGCUGUGGGGCACUUAGAGUGAUUGUAUUGUAAAUCUUGGUGUGUUCUAGCAGUGACAUCUUGCAGAGCAUAUUUGGGGUUAGGAUGAAAGUUCUUGAAUCCAUCUUGGGCAAAGUAUGGAAGCAGGGAAGUAAUUUGUGAAUAUUAACCUAAAGUGUACCCAUUCCCAAAAUGCACUUGCCGAGUCGGAUGGUGCUGCUGCUGGUUGCAGGAAAGGGGAAGUCAGGUUUUCUUUAUUUUUGAGGAGUUUCCCCGUUGAGGUUGAGCUGUGACCCUUGGGCCGGCCGUCUCCGCCUUUCCUCUCCCUCCUCCUCCCCUCACCAGGAAACAAGGGCAAGGAUGCAUAUUUGAAAGAAUAGAAGCUGAUGAGAAAACAAAAUAUAUCAAGUUAUGUUGAAACAAAGUAUUUUCUGUUGUGGAGGUUAUGAAGACAGUAUGGAGUUUCCAGACCACAGCAGACAUUUGCUGCAGUGUCUGAGCGAGCAGAGGCACCAGGGCUUUCUUUGUGACUGCACUGUUCUGGUGGGAGAUGCCCAGUUCCGAGCGCACCGAGCUGUGCUGGCUUCAUGCAGCAUGUAUUUCCACCUCUUUUACAAGGACCAGCUGGACAAAAGGGACAUUGUUCAUCUGAACAGCGACAUUGUCACAGCCCCCGCGUUCGCUCUCCUGCUUGAAUUCAUGUAUGAAGGGAAACUCCAGUUCAAAGACUUGCCCAUUGAAGACGUGCUGGCAGCUGCCAGUUACCUCCACAUGUAUGACAUCGUCAAAGUCUGCAAAAAGAAGCUGAAAGAGAAAGCCACCACGGAGGCAGACAGCACCAAAAAGGAAGAAGAUGCUUCAAGUUGUUCGGACAAAGUUGAGAGUCUCUCCGAUGGCAGCAGCCACUUGGCAGGCGAUUUGCCCAGUGAUGAAGACGACGGAGAAGAUGAAAAAUUGAACAUCCUGCCCAGCAAAAGGGACUUGGCGGCCGAGCCUGGGAACAUGUGGAUGCGAUUGCCCUCAGACUCAGCAGGCAUCCCCCAGGCUGGCGGAGAGGCAGAGCCACACGCCACAGCAGCUGGAAAAACAGUAGCCAGCCCCUGCAGCUCAACAGAGUCUUUGUCCCAGAGGUCUGUCACCUCCGUGAGGGAUUCGGCAGAUGUUGACUGUGUGCUGGACCUGUCUGUCAAGUCCAGCCUUUCAGGAGUUGAAAAUCUGAACAGCUCUUAUUUCUCUUCACAGGACGUGCUGAGAAGCAACCUGGUGCAGGUGAAGGUGGAGAAAGAGGCUUCCUGUGAUGAGAGUGAUGUUGGCACUAAUGACUAUGACAUGGAACAUAGCACUGUGAAGGAGAGUGUGAGCACUAAUAACAGGGUACAGUAUGAGCCGGCCCAUCUGGCUCCUCUGAGGGAAGACUCGGUCCUGCGGGAGCUGGACCGGGAGGACAAAGCCAGCGACGACGAAAUGAUGACCCCGGAGAGCGAGCGAGUCCAGGUGGAAGGGGGCAUGGAGAGCAGUCUGCUCCCCUACGUCUCCAACAUCCUGAGCCCCGCGGGCCAGAUCUUCAUGUGCCCUCUGUGCAACAAAGUCUUCCCCAGCCCCCACAUCCUGCAGAUCCACCUGAGCACCCACUUCCGCGAGCAGGACGGCAUCCGCAGCAAGCCCGCCACCGAUGUCAACGUGCCCACGUGCUCGCUGUGUGGGAAGACUUUCUCCUGCAUGUACACGCUCAAGCGCCACGAGAGGACUCACUCGGGGGAGAAGCCCUACACGUGCACCCAGUGCGGCAAGAGCUUCCAGUACUCGCACAACCUGAGCCGCCACGCCGUGGUGCACACCCGCGAGAAGCCGCACGCCUGCAAGUGGUGCGAGCGCAGGUUCACGCAGUCGGGAGACCUGUACAGACACAUUCGCAAGUUCCACUGUGAGUUGGUGAACUCCUUGUCCGUCAAAAGCGAAGCACUGAGCUUGCCUACUGUCAGAGACUGGACCUUAGAAGAUAGCUCUCAAGAACUUUGGAAAUAAUUUUAUAGAUAUAUAAAUAAUAUAUAUAUAUACAUAUAUAUACAUAUAUAUAAAUAGAUCUCUAUAUAGUUGUGGUACGGUCUAAAAGCAGUCUUGUUUCCUGGAACUAAAAAGUUGGGAUAUUAACUUGUUUUUGCACUUUAGAAUAGCAUGAGAAUCUCACUAAUUUAGCAUUCUGAUAAAAGAAACUUUAGAGGAAGUCCGAGAAUAGGGAGGUGUUUUUGUUUUGAGGGGGUAGGGAAAUAAGCCAGUGAGAACCUUCUAAACAAAUCGUCCUAUCACAAAAUGCUCUCAUAUGGCUUCAUUUUGUCAACACUGCAUUGUCUUUUGAGCUCUUCCCCGCCCCCCCCCACACACAGCAGAUUUUUUUUUUUUUUUUUU